AUGCGAUCCGACCUGUCCGUCGUCCUCCUUCUCCUUCUCGUGCUCCUCGUGCUCUCCGAAGGUCAGUUGUGUUUUUUCCGUCACCAAAACGCCCCGAAUAUCUCGACUAAAAAUCUGCGAGAAAAAGAGGAAUAGAAGGAGAGUGCAUCGAGAUGCCUCAGGGCACAUUGCCUUGUCUUUUGGCACUCACUGAUUUGAUUGCGUGCGCAGAUAUAUUUGUGUGCAGAGGAAAAGAAGCGCAUGCGGAGGAGGACAAAUGUUUUGGUCCCCUUGGAUUAGUGGUUUAUGGAUAGUUAUCAUCAAGACAAGUCGUGUCAAGUGUCAAGGCACUGGGAUUAAUGGUAAUUCCAAUGUACGACUAUUCUAGUCCCCUCGCAAAGGGCGUAAUGCAGCCUACGCCAAGUGAUUGGGCUUAUUAUAGAUGGGUGCGUGGAGCAAAGGAAAAGGGGCAUUCGGGUGUGAAAAGGGAACUCGCCAGUCCAUCAACUGACUGAGAGAGAGAGAGAGAGAGGGAAUGACAAUUUUUCUCGAACAUAAAAAGGUUCCCAUCGCCGGAUAUAAGUCGCCCUCCGAACACCUCGAAUCUUUCGGACAUGCUCCGUCCAUCCGUCUGCUUUCGUCCCGCAGUCAAAAAUCGCAUUAUCCGUCAGUGCCUUUAGCGGCUCCGAGAGACACGCGUGCACGAACAAUCGGGCCACCAAUUUUUGUGCCGUUUCUCCUCCGUCACGACUCAUCAAUUUGGCGGCGGCGGCGUCGAUUGGCAACGAAUUGGGAUGGAAGCAGGACAUUCUCGAGGGACAAAUUAAUUGGUGGAUGGCAGAUAUAUGGCUUGGAUAUGGUCGAGCACAGGCCAAAGAGAGAAGAUCUUGCCGAGGAAUCCAAUUAUAAUUGUACAAUGAAUUCAGUGGGAGAAAAUUGAUAAUUGAGUUGUGGAACAUUUACUCAAAGAUGCCUACAAUCCAUUGUUUACCCAAUGGCUCUCGCGCCUAAAAAGCGCCUUCGUAGUGCUCGAGAGGGGCCGCGGGAUUGCGUGACCACCUUCAAUUGCCAUCCAAAUUGAACCUACAUUUUCGGCGCGUUAGUAGUACGCGUCAAAAAAUUCCGACGGCCAUGACGAUGUCUGCAGGAAACUUAUUCCCAGAGGGAUUCAAUGACUCGGCAGGAACAUUUAGAUAUGGAUAGAUGCAUAUGCAUAGUUAGAGACAUGUACAAAUAUGUGAGCAAGCGGAAGACGCUCAAUUAGGAGGGGCUAGCAACGGAUGAAACUUGUUCGCACUCGCAUCUUUCUUCUUCUUCUUCCGUCCGAGUUCCUUUCCGAUUGUAUACUUACUUUCGAAUGAUUCGAAUUCCGUGUCAUUUUGGAUGCGAGUAGCUGGAUGGGAGAAUAAUUACGACGGCCGGAUGUCCCAAGGGGAUGAGGGGCCAGAGAGGAAAAAACAAGGCGGCUUCUAUUUUAUGGGAAAACGGCAAAAAAGACGAAAUGAAAUUGUUUCAGGGUCGAGAUGUCGGCUGCCAUGGACUGGAGUGUGGCUGGAGAACGGCAGUGAACUGAAUAUAACUCACAAUGCGAUCGGGAACCUCGGGAAUUGUGUGCACAAGAGCAGAGAUCUCUACCUGCUCACCAGUGAUACGUCAGUAGUAACCCUGAAAUGAUACAAUAAAAGAUUUCAGGUCAAGAGGGCCCUGCUAUCGCUGUCUUAUCACUUUCCCAGUUCAUGAAAAUGUGCUGCAUUACAAAACAAGUAAGACUGACACCGACUCUCGCGAAAUUCCCUCUCAAAACGUUCAGCUCAAUGCAUCUUCGACCAAGAAAUGUCUUUGGAAAAGUGUUCACAAUUAAUGAGUGCAGACACAACAAUGCACACUCUCUUCAGAAGUGAAAGCAGAAUUAUGCUCGUGGAUUUCAUUUGUUUUGUGAUUUUCAGAAGAAGCUAUUCCAGUUCCAUGUCCAAUUGAGGCGCCCAUGAACUUUACCUAUCAAACUAAUCAGGGAGUCUGCAACAGUCGGACCUCCUACCUGCACAGAUGUGCUCAGUAUGACCGACUGGCUCUCCAUUACCAGGCCUGUCCAGAGAUUCCGAACCGAGAGUCUGCGAUCUGGCAAAUGGAAUGCAUCGGAUCGUGGCAGUCAUUCGGACUCUCUUACUUCGCGGCGAGAGUUGGAUACAGCGCCGGAGAGCAGUACAGAUGCUUUGUAAGGGUUCGGGUCACGAAAUAUCUGAAGUUCCCAAUUCAUUCAGAUCCUGGACAAGUCGGGAAGCAGCGGAAGGAUCGGUGAGUCGGCAGAUGCUGGAUGCCAGGAAUUGACACACAUCGGAGCAGCGGCCACGACUCUUCAUUACAGACAAGGUACCGUGUACUGGAGAGAGCCUAGUUCCAGUUGUUUAACAGAUUCGCCUGUUCAUUCGGGAUGUGAAUUCCCUCUAAACAUGUACGGAGAGAAAGCCCGUAACUGGGAGUCGAUGCUCCUCGGAACCUACCAUCGGGUCUAUCAGGGAGCUUGGGUUUCUUCCGUGAAAGGACGCAAUGAUACUGUUUGGACAUGUCUCCAGCAGUUUCCGACGGACACUCAUGAACACUUUACGUACAGAACAUAUGUGACAAAAGGCUGCAAAGUAGGAUAUCAGUGCGUCAGAGUGAGUUAUCUCCUCCAUUGCCAACCUUAUGAAUCUUUUCCCAGGUUCAUAUGCGUAAACCUCACAUUCUGCACGUCGAAUACGGAGAGAUCAGUGCUUCGGAGUCAUUCGCAGACUGUUCUGAGUUCCACGUCGCGUCAAGGGACACUUUGAUUCUGCAAGGAUCAAAAGAAGCGUGUCCAAUCGGCGGAAAACACUACUCCAACUUGUGUCCGGGUCCUAUUCUGCAAGUCGGAUGUUCUUCAAAGUAUUCCAUGAAUUUGGUGCGAGACUGUUCGUAUCCCGAAGGAGGUAUUCAUUCCUUUUGAUGAUCUUUCCUAAAUUUUUGGUUUCAGAUGAGCUCACCUGCGUUGCCAACUUCAAACACGAAGACAAUGACUUCAUAAUCACGCGAGACAGUCUCUCCCGCCAAUUGUUUUGCAUGGUAUGUGAAAGUGAAGCAUGCACAAUUCCCUUGGAACUUUCACUUCUUCAGACGUACGUCUCCGAUCGCAUCAACCUCCUACGCGUGUACGACCGUGUCUCAUGCGAGGACAUCUCGGUCAACAGUGCCAGUCCUUAUGUCUCUUUGAAUUUUACCUCUUCAGGUUGACAUAUUUUCAUUUGUUCCGCUUCUCAUUUCGUUCAUUUCAGACAGCUGCUCCCCGUCGCUCCUCACCGGUUUCCUGUACUCCGCCACCAGUGACGUGGCAUCCGCCUUUUUCCCGUUUUCUCUUCUCCUUUUCUUUGCCGUCUGGAACUGCUAA